UAUGGCGCUAAAGUGAAACAUGUUAUCUGUUUUCGUACAAACAAUAUUCGUUCAGUGCAACACAUCGUAACCAAUCUCUUAGCAAUAAAACAGGUAACUUAUCAGUUCAUAAUAUCAGAAUUUUAAUCUCUAGCCUACCUAAUUAUGAACCUGGUUCCAAAGACAAAGAUUUAAAGUACUUUCAUACUAACAACGUAGUAAUCAGGCGCAAUUUCGGCCUAUAUUUGUUCCUGUAUGGAAUUUUGUCAAUUUGCAACUUCACAGUUCUAGUUUUAAUGAAAGUGUUUUCGAGGUCUUGAAAAUAUUAUUCACAGCUUUAUAGUUAUUAAGGGUUGAAAUUGAGUCAACAUUUUAAAUGUGUGACCGACGUAUAAAGAUUUAGCUAUUUUAAGCUAUUUGAUUUCACCAUUUUCGUCCCCAAAUGUAACUCUUUUUUCGACCACACAUCGUGGAAUUUGCUCUGGCUAUGAUUUUUCGGACGACUUCUCAGUAGUCUAUCAAAGGUAUACUUGACAGAUACCUGAGAACUCAGAACAUUAGUUGCUAUCAUCCCCUUUUCGAUUGUUUUGUAUGCCUUAGUCUCUAAUUGGAAGCACUGUUAAUUCACUGCCACUAGAUAGAUAAAUCCGUUAUGCUAAUGCUUCUUCUAUUCCGUCCACAAUCAUUUGAAUUGGAAUGAACUGAUUAUUGGAAAGUUUAUCAAACGCAAAAUUUCUCGUUCAAAACUUUACUGGUUCCAAUAUAACUCAUGGUACAUAUUUCUCUUAAAGAUUUACAAAGCCGAUAUUUCGAGGUACAUAACGCAUACUUUUCGCUAUUCGUAGUUACCGACUUACUCAUAAUGCGAAAAUCUCAGAUUUUGCUAUCGACGAUUUGGACUGAUAAUAUGAGAUCAAUUGACACCAAAACCUAAGGUGCUAGCAAAGCUUCAGCCUAACAAAAAGAGGUGCGUUAUGUUGAUUUCCAUAACAUUCUGUCAACUACCACACGUGUAUAGUUAGCUACUAUUGUAUUACAGAUUUGUUUUACCUCAAAAUACUCUCCAUUUACUUUAGCUUGCAAGAACCCAGAGCAUUUACUUUUUAAACAGUCGAAAAUGUAAAAACUUUAUUCCACGAACUAAACACAAAAUUUUGAGCUCUAAACAUUUUAAAUUUCUGUUUCUUUGAUACUGUUUGAUUACGAACAGUUCUAGAAUGAUACAAGUUUGUUCAACACCUGUACAAAGUUAGCUGGUCUACUUUUCAUACUCAACUGCUGAAUUUACAAGAACAUUUGGUUACUCGAGAUGCAAACAUUUGCCUUUUUGCUUUAUCAUACAAUUAAAACUUUCAGUAUAUGGUUUUGGUAUUCAGUAAAAACACAUUUGUAAUAAGACACUACUUUUUGUCUAUCGUAAAGUUUCUAGGGUCAGUGAAUAUCAAACAGACCAUCGAUCCCCGUCAGGGUCAAAUACGACCAACGCGCAUCAGUUAAUCGCAUGCCAUGGACUGGUCCAUGCGUUGAUGGUCUCACUGUCUUUUCUGUGCACAUUCUUACCAAUAUAUUUCCUUAGUAACAUCCUUUGUAUUUUCGACGUUAGCUGUUGGUCACACUAUUUCCAUCUAACUUGAGUAGGCCCUCAAUAAUUUGACAUACGUCAACUACAUCGGUGAUUCUACAAGUUUUGUGAGAGAAUGCUUUUGUGUGUGUAAGUGCAUGUGAAAAAUACAACUACCCAAAAUUAUUGGUUAUUAUUAUCAAAGUAAGCAAAGGCUUGAUGAUGACUUAUCAUACUCCCAGGGAUUUUCUUGCUAACCAAAACUAUAAAGGCUUUUUUUGUUUAACGCUUUUGAAUUUCCAUUAGUUAUGGUAAAAGACAUACAUACAGACAUAUUUAAGAAUCCUUAAUUCAAAUUCCAUAGUUUUUAAAAACCUACAGGUUUUGUUAAGAAAAGCAAGGCAUUAAUUAAACUAAAGUAAUAGUUCACCAUUUUUGUUGCAAACACAAAAUAUAUCACAAUGAAAAACAGUUGUUUUCAGCCUAUUGAGGCUUUUCUUCCUAAUGGACAACUUAUCACAAAAUAUUUUGCUCUACUUAUCACAAAACGACCUCAUUCCGUCUCUUACCGAUAUUCUUCAUUAUGUUAAAUUUUGAGAAUGCAUAAAAUACCAAGAAAGCAGAUAGGUUUGUUUUGUACCUCACUAACUGUAGUGCGAAUACAGAUUCAUACUCCACUCAGUAUUACUAUACCAUAAAACACAAGUUCAAAGUUUUGUGAAUAAUAUGUAUGGUUAGGGUUAAUAACGUAAUGAAAAACUGUCCGUCAGUAGAUGCUAUUUGAUGAUGCAAUCUAACCGACCGACACUGAUCACUAGUUUGGAUAACAAGUGCAAGCCUCUAAAUAAUGCAUAUAAAAAUUUAUCUACACGAUUGGAUUUUUUUCUAAUAAAUAGCAUCUUCACAGACAUAUAUUAGCUACAAAAUGAAAAUGAGUAAAUACCACUUCAUAAAUAAUGAAUUAGGGGUAACGCGUUCUACAGGUUAUUCACAAUUUAAUGUAAUUAAAAUAUAACUUAUAUGGUUCAUUUUUUGUUAACCAUGUCAAAAUAACUGAUUUAACAUAAAACAUGACACAUACAUUUUUAAAGUAUACUGGAUUGAUGAAUUUUUAUAUCUAACAUCUUUAAUAUUCCUUAGGAACUGUUAUUUACAACAGAAUUGUCAAACUCUCUGUUUUAUAAGAACUGGCUACAGGGUAAAAUUCCAACAUAAUUUCUGCACUUAUAUUUUAUAAGAGUAAAGACUGCUCGUAAAAUGACUCCAAUAAACUCAGUGAAACAAAGGCGGCCAGUUGGAAUUUAGGUAUUUGUGAUAAAAUAACGAUAACAUAAAAUUGAAAAUGAUCUCUGGAAUCUUUUUUUCUUUUUGCAAAAGUCUUGAAGGUUUCCAAAAGAUGUGAUGUAUUUUUAUUUGAACCACAAUACAUUCUGCCUUAAAGCAUGGUUGCAGACAAGUAAAUGGGUAUACUUCAGUUUAAAUUUGUGACCUAUUUAACUGGACACACUUUUUUGACACGAUUUUUAAGAAGUUUACAACAUUUUUUAGUUCGAAUCAGAGAUGAUUCUAAACUGCGUAGACAACUGAUCUUGAACUCUGGACAUCGAAAUCAGGCUAGCCUUUUUACGUCACAUACCUGUUAAACUUUACGUCAUACGAGGAAUAUUUAAAAUUUUGACUGCGUAAUAUCAAGUACUAGUUUUUUCAACAAUAAUCUUUAGAAAAAAAACUGAAUGGAGAUUAAGUUUCACUGAUAAUUUUAGCAGAAGGGGAUUUAUGUCACUUAAGAACAACUCAUGAACUGAGAGGGGAUUUGAGACCAAAAAAAUUUCAAUUCAUCCCCAGGUUUCAAAACAAAAGUAUUCUGCCCCACGUAUAUGAAAAAUAUUCUAUGUAUUGCAAUCGGACAAAACACAAAAAAUCGUCUUUUUGGGGAUCAGCAUCUAUAACACUUAUGUAAAGGCUAACAGAAAAACACUUUUCUUGGAAACAAUUUGAUUGUUGAGUGGUUUUGGUGGAGUCUCAUGAAGGCCUUUUAUUGAAAGUAAUAUGAAAAGGUCAUAAAGAAAAUACUAAGCCAAACUAAAACGUUUUACGAAGACAAAUCUUUAAUAUGAAGUUAAAAUUACGAUGAUGGAGAAGAGUGAUAGCUCAAGUGGAUGAUUUUAGUAAUCUUUCGCUCUCUGAGCUAAGUGGCUUGCUGCAGGGCACUAAAUCCCGUUAUCUAAAUUCUGGAAUAAUAGAACAAAUAAAUCUUAAAGGAUUUACCCUUCUGGCAUUGUUAUGUUUAUCGGCCUAUAGCUUCGUAAUUAAAAUAAGAACAUUUUCGCAAAAACUAUUUUCGCCAGAUGCAUUAAAAAGUCACUAAAAACAACCGUUAAAUGUAUCAUCAAAAUAAUGGAGGUUCUUAUUCUUGUCUUCAAGUUGUCGUUUCCACAUAUGUUCUAGCCAAUAUUUAAUAAACAUUGGGAUCGAUAAUUGAUGUGCAAAGUUGAUUCAUACAGAUAUUUCUGAUUUAACGUUCAUUUUUUUCGGCUUAUUAAAUUUUAGGCAAAUUAGUAAUAAACACUGUUGACAUUAAGUAAGAAAACUGGUUGUAAAGUAUAAAAUUAUAUUAAUGAACGUAUUUUAGACCACCGCCCAAUUUAUAUUUUGUGAUUAAUUCACCAAUUAGCAAUAAACAUAGACUUAAUGAACUGAUCUCAAAUGCUCAGGUCGCAUAUUCAAAUGUCAUUUUAUCGAGUUUUUGUAGAAAAAUUGCAAGGGUUUAUUUGUAUCAAGAUAUGGAAAUAAAACGUGAUUUACACCUUAUUGUAAGAUCUUCAAAAUAAUUUUUGACUUUUUGCUUUAUAGCGUGUAUGAAUAGAUACAUAAUGAAAUAAAGGGGAGAGUUUUAUUACAGUCAUUUUUGAUCACGACGUUACAAACGAUAAAUAUCAUACUUCCCCGUUGGUAAGUCCCCAGUUAGUCCAACACAGUAUUGAAUAAAGCAAAAAUAAAGAAUCGGGCAGAAUACAAUGGACUUAUUUUAUUUUGUAUGGUUCUCAUCAGCUGUUUACAGCCUCUAAUUGCGGAAAAUCAAAAUUAUUGUAAAGUUUACAUACUUAUAGCAGUAAAAACGUGUAUGUAUCAUCAUUUUGAAGAAAGGAUAGUGUGGACAUAAAAAGAGCGUUGUAAAUAAAUGUUUGUGAAAAAAGAUUCUAGACCGUCAGACAUAGUAACAAGAGGUCAUAGAGGUAAAAACAACUAAUUGAUUAUAUAAUGAAUCAGUCGGAAAUAUAUUAAUAACGAUUAAGAAUAACAUAAGUUGACAUCAGUCAUUUAAAAAAUAAUGCCAUUAAUUCGAAAAAAGCAAUAGAAUUAAUAUAGGAGAGAUCUAAAUUGCGAAGAUGAUAAAACAAACAGAAGAUGAAGUGACUGUCGUAAGGAAAGACUUGCAACUGCUUCCUUUGGAAUACAUAUGAAAUGGUUGAGUCAUUUGAUGACUAUAGCUACAACCAAUCCGAGAAGGGUUUUUAGCAACGCUACUGUGGAACGUCUCUGUAACACAGAGUAUCAAGUUGAUAGACUUAAAUCUUUCAGCAUCAUCAAUCAAGAGUUAACCUCCAUUCUUCUACAAUUAGUCGAAGUUACAUUCAUUUUCGAAAUAUUUGAUUAGGUAGAUGGAUAUUUUAAGUGGCCGUUAACAGUCGGUCAAAUGAGUCAUUUGAAUUCAAAGUCAUUAGUUUACAUAUUCAUUAAACUUAAAGAGUUAAAAGAGACUUGAAAUGAAUUUUCCUGAAGUAGUACUAUAAAAAUUACUCCUACUUCUCAAAUGUGUGCUUAUAAACCGUAAUCCUCUAUAAUUAAAUAAAUUAGUUAUGGUAAAUAUAACGAGGAACAACAGUCAACACUGAAUAAUCUGAUUCUAAUAGUGUUUUGAGCAUCUUAAUUUAAAUUUCUAAAUAAACAUCUACACAGACAGAUAGAUUUCAGUUCACGGACACAUUACUACGAAAAAGAAAUAUAAGUUUUUGUACAGAGAUAUAACCAUAACAUCCCCAAACAGUUUUAUUGUAUAAUACUGUUUCAAUUUAUAGCUGACUGCGGUUGACCCUCAUGUUCUGAAUAGAAAGAAGUAAACCUGCCUCGUUCUUGUUGACAUCAGUCAUCACUUUUCAGAAAAUAUAGGAAAUAUUCAAGUGUUACUGAUUGUAAAAGCAUAAUGUCAACGAAAUAAAUUUCACAACUAGAACAGAAAUAAUAUUCUGGCUCAGAAGCUAUCAAAACUGGUGGUGUAGCUUAAACUACCAUUUAUUCAAGAAACGGUAACCAAACGAGCAUGUAGAUGGCAUUCCACUUCUGAUCGGUGUUAUAUACUACUUAUAUCUGCAAACAUAAGUAGCAUAUAACGGCUUUACCCAAGUAUUUUUGUGGAAUUUUAAUUGGAUCCCAGAAGUAAAUAAUUUAAUCUACAAAAACGGUCUAGUUUUCGGCUACCAAUUGAAAGGGUUAUUGUUUUAGUCUGAAUUUCUAGUUAGUUUUGCAAGUUUUAUUGACUGGGCUAAAACUAUCAACUUACACUAUCUUAAUGUAAACAGGGAGAUUUGAUGUAUAUCUACUUCCAGAACAUAUAUUAUGACAUUCACCUAAUUUUCACUCAGAUUUUAAACUAUAAACUCCUUUGUAUUAAAAGUAGUAAUACAAAAUGAAUAUAUUUUUUAAGCAGUGAUCUAUCAAUAUAGAAAAAACAAGAAAUUAUUCAAUAAAUAUUUAUAAACGUCUUAUUUUCGGGAUAAAAUGGGAAACAUAUAACGUUUCUGUUUAGUGCCCAGGUCUCUCGCCAUAUAAAUGAGAAUGUUUUUUUGAUAGACAAUUUUAAGGAGUUUCAUCAUAUUAGGGAAGAGUUAGGCAUUCUACCGCCAAAAUAACUAUGCCACAAAUCAUACAAUGUUAAAUAUAAUAACAAACCAAAAUAAAUUUAAGCAUCUUGUAAAACUAGUUCUGCAUUCGGAGAUUUAUUUACAGAACUCUUGCGUCUUAUCUAAAAGAAAAUAGCAAGUUUAAAAUGCAUUUAACCUUUAUGAAGUAAUAUACAUAGCUUUAUACGUUAGUAUUUAAAACAGUAAUAAAUGUUAAAUAAGUUUGAAAUGAACUUUAAUUUGUUGUUAAUGAGAACUAGGUUUUGUAUUCAAAUGUAACUUCUUUAUGUAGUUUUGUUUAUAAUAGAUUAUUAACAGCAAUAGAAGAAACAAAAUCGCCAAGACAUUUUCUUGUCCAAAAAAAUAACAGAUUCACAAUGAAUUCAAUGGAGAAAGAUAACAGAAAUACCCAAAAGUUUCAAAAAAGUCUGAAUGAAACAUUAGAAGAAAAAGAAAGAUUAAAAAAUAUAUUGUCAUCAACAAAAACUGAAUCCAGUUUAUUAAAAAGUCGAAUAGAAUCAGCAAUUGAAGAAUUGAGAAAAAUUAAUGAAGAAAUUCAAGAUAUACAAAUUAAGAAAAAAUUGUUAAUCAAAAAACAAGAUAUCAGACGACAAAGAGAACAAAAGGCACAAAAAGAUCUACUUUCACUACUUUCAAAUAAACAGAAGAUCGAACAUUUGAUAAAGGUCGAACGUGAAAAUUCUUUGGAUGAAAGGAUCCGUCAACUACAGGAAUGUAUUAAAUAUUCAGAAGACCAUUGGAUUUUUCGAUAUUUUAGUGAUAAAAAUUAUGAAACCGAACCACAAAAAAAAGAGAUUGAAGGGAAUGAAACGGUUUUAAUUGAAAAUAAACAAAUUUAACAUUUUAUUGUCUGUUAGCUUCAUAAGCGUUGGUGUUUAUUAGUAAAUAAAUAAAAGUUGAAUUCACUAUGGUUCUUUCACUUAUGCAUUUGUACUUGC